ACCGACCCCGCGGCGGCCGCUCCCCCGCUUCGCGCGGCUGCAGGCGGCCAGGGCCAGGCGGCGGCGGCGGCGGCCGAGGUGGAGCCCGCGAAGGAGGAGGCGCUGGCCCGCGCGUCGCAGUACCAGGAGAAGGCGAACCUGUACCCGCCGAGCAACACGCCGGGCGAGGGGCUGAGCCACGGCGGCGGCCUGCGGCCCAACGGGCAGACGAAGCCCCUGCCGGCGCUGAAGCUGGCGCUGGAGUACAUCGUGCCGUGCAUGAACAAGCACGGCAUCUGUGUGGUGGACGACUUCCUGGGCAAGGAGACCGGGCAGCAGAUCGGCGACGAGGUGCGCGCCCUGCACGACACCGGCAAGUUCACGGACGGGCAGCUGGUCAGCCAGAAGAGUGACUCGUCCAAGGACAUCCGAGGCGAUAAGAUCACCUGGAUCGAGGGCAAGGAGCCCGGCUGCGAAACCAUCGGGCGGCUCAUGAGCAGCAUGGACGACCUGAUCCGCCACUGUAACGGGAAGCUGGGCAACUACAAAAUCAAUGGCCGGACGAAAGCUAUGGUUGCUUGUUAUCCAGGCAACGGAACGGGUUAUGUACGUCACGUUGAUAAUCCAAAUGGAGAUGGAAGAUGUGUGACGUGUAUAUAUUAUCUUAAUAAAGACUGGGAUGCCAAGGUAAGUGGAGGUAUACUUCGAAUUUUUCCAGAAGGCAAAGCCCAGUUUGCUGACAUUGAACCCAAAUUUGAUAGACUGCUGUUUUUCUGGUCUGACCGUCGCAACCCUCAUGAAGUACAACCAGCAUAUGCUACAAGGUACGCAAUAACUGUUUGGUAUUUUGAUGCAGAUGAGAGAGCGCGAGCUAAAGUAAAAUAUCUAACAGGCGAAAAAGGUGUGAGGGUUGAACUCAAUAAGCCUUCUGAUUCAAUCAGUAAAGACGUCUUAUAGAGCCUUUGAUCCAGCAAUACCCCCCUUCACCUACAGUAAUUGUUGACACGAUUUGUUAACUUGUGAAUACAAAUAAGUGGGAUAAAGACAAAUAGACAACCAGUUGGCAUUUUAAUAAGGAAACAGAAACAACUUCUUUGUGUUGCAUCAGAAGGAAGAUCUGGACUGCGUGACUUUGUACUGCAUGAUCGACUCCAAACCUGUGAUUGCUAAUGGGAAGAGUAUAAGCCACCAGCUGACAAUGGUAUUGACAUCUGGACAUGAAAUAAGUGCCCUCGGUAGAAUUUUUUCAUUCUUAAUAUUUUGCCAGAUCUGUCAUCUAGAUGAGUUCAUUUCAUCGCUCCCUUUUUUAUAUAGUCAAGUUUGAAUUUGAAGUAAUUUUUGUAUGAUCAGGUACAAUAUAUCAAAACUGAAUUGAGAAAAAAUUACAGUAUUAUUCCCCAAAAUAGCAUUGAUCUAUUUUUGUAAACUUCUUCGUACUAUUAAAUUUUGCCCUAAAAGACCUCUCAUAAUGAUUGUUGCCAGUGACUGAUGAUUCCUUUCAUUUUCUUUUUACCUAACGUAAGAAAAGGAGCACUUUACUCACCAACUAAAAAAUCAGAUUGUUUUGUAGUCCCGUCUUGUACACUAAUUUGAACUCUUAAAAAUUGCUGCUGUCGUUUUUUUGACAUUGUUAAUGGAACAUAACAGUACAAACCAUCACCAUUUACUACUACAAAUAACUUUCAGUUCACAUUUUAUAAGAAAAAAUACCCGGAAGGCUUUAUUUUUUAAGUUAGAAUUUUUACAAGACUAAAGUGACUGGCACUAAAUGAACUUGAUCUGCCCUCCGCAUCAAGUUCCCGAGAUAAAGGGCUUUCUCACGCUUUCAGGUAUAUUCUGUAGAUGUAGAAGGUAACGUCCCCUUCCUAAGAGCUCUCCUUCCCAGCCAGUCAGUCGUACUUCCAAUUUUGCUGUUAUGUUUUCCUCCUCCUGCGACCCACGUGAUGUGCAGAUCAGAACCUUGCUUCUGUUGGAUGGCGUCGGGGCGGGGGCGGGCGGACAGAGCGCCAGGGCUGAGCCGAGGUAGCGCAGACCACUGCUGAGGCAGGUAUUCCCUAGGCGUGAUACUCGCCUCCUUGUCAGUACUGGAAGGUGUGUGUUUAGCUUAAAAAAACAAAAGAAGUGGAAAACCAGAUGAUUUUUUCUGUUUUAUGAUUUUUCUUUUACUUUUCAGAAGAAGAGGGAAUAUUACAGUAUCACACAAGGCCUCCCAGAUUUCUGUUUUUUGAUAUAUGAACUGGGAUGGAUACAUAAGACUUCAUUUUCCUGGGCGAGUCUUUAGCAGAGCCCAGAGGGUGGUAUCCGUAUUUAACGUGAAUUAGGGUCUAGACCUUGCCCACUUCAGUUUUCUAUCUCUGUCCUUAAUCUUUGCCAAAAUGUGUGUACAGAAAUAUUUCUGUAUAUUUCAACUUAUGACAGUUUUAGUAUCUGUAUAGUUUGUAUUCAAUUAGAGACCUUUUCUAUGGAAAGCUCAGUAAUUUUUAUUAAAAGAUUGCUAUUCAUGUAAAACAUGAAAAAAAAAUCUAGUGAGACCAACAGUGUGGACUUAGGGUGGGGUUAAAUAUUCAGUAUCGUGAUCUCACUUAGAACUUCAGGAGAAAAUUAGAGCUUAUGGUUGUUUUUCCUUGCCCGUGUUCAGUUUUGUUCCACUUCCUCUCUCUGUUCCAGAUAAUGCAAUGUAACAUCUUUCUAGUAAGUGCCUCUGCCAGCCGGACCUGGGAGAGCAAGCUGUCUUUGCCAUCUGGUCUGCGUGCGGCACGCUGCACUUGGCCUUGACUCAGAAACGCUGUCAUGUUUAGGUCUAGUGGAGACUGUUCUGUUGAUGGGGGGAGGGGGGGGUUGUGUGAUUGUCAGGGUGGGAGCCCCUGUGUCAUUCACAUGUGUGUCUCUGCAGUUGUGCAAAGUGUCAGAUUCUACUCUAUGUGGGUUGUGCUUUCCAGGCAGGUCUUAACAUUUGUACUUUUCGGAAAAUUUUAUCUAAUUCCUUGGAGAUCAUUGUGAAAGGAUCAAGGAAUCCAGGAGAGCCAUUUCUUUAAUAUCCAUUUAAAACCUGUUCGUUUCAUGUUAGCGGGACCGUUAACUUGUCACCAAACAGGACUCUGUUUAAAACAAAAUUUAAAACUACUUGUGGCCUAUAUAUGUUUAAUCCUAGUUAAAGACAAAGCUUCUAAUGCUGUUUUUCAUUGAAUACAUUAACCGGCUGUAAAACACAGACCUUUAUCAACAGCAGGCAAAGAAUUUCAGGAUUCAUAUACAGAUAGACGGGAAAGUCAUGUAAUUUGAAAAGCAGUGUUCCGUUACGAAAGAGCUCUCAAGUUGCUUGUAAAGCUAAUCUAAUUAAAAAGAUGUAUAAAUGUUCUUGAAAAAUUA